UGCGUGCUGUACUGUUUUGCGUUUGAUAAAUAAAUCUUGACUUCUUAUGUUUUCUCAUUGGAUCUUCUCACGUCCGCUUGGCGGAUCCAGGCUAAUCGAAGUGCAUGACGUCAUUUCCGCUCGUGUCUUGGCAGGGAGGAGGCGGGGUGCUGAAAUGACAUUCGGCCCCUCCAACCAAAGCAUAUUUCCCGGAGCCACGUUGAUUAGGAUCAAUAAAGCGCUCUUGACAUCCGUCUAGAAAGACGGGAGACACAUAUUUGCCAGAUAGCUGGCUAAACACCUUACGGCAAAAUGGCGGCGGGUACUGUCAACCCGUUUAACGUGAGUGAUUCGGAGGAGGAAGCGGAGCAGAGGCAGGAUGGCGCGGACACCGAGCGCAGCUCUAGUGAUGAAGCGCAAGGCCACAGACUCGGUCCCUUCUCCCCGCCGCCGGCGUACUCCGAGCCAGUCGCUCUGCUGUCCAACAACCGAACCAGCCCGAGUGUGGACGGUAUCCCCGCGUCGGCCGCGGCGGUGGCUGGGAUCGGAGGAGGAGGCGCGGAGACUCGGGUGUCGCUUGAUGCGAUCGCCGCGCAGCUGCUCCGGGAUCAGUACAUCCUCACGGCCCUGGAGCUGCACACCGAACUCCUGGAAGGCGGACGCGAGCUGCCUCGCCUGCGGGAUUAUUUCUCCAAUCCAGGCAACUUCGAGCGGCAGAGCGGAACUCCACCCGCGUGCAAAGAGCAAGGUGUCGGUCCUGGAGGUCCGCUCAAUCGAGCUGGCAGCAUCAGUACAUUGGACUCUUUGGAUUUCGCCCGUUAUUCAGAUGAUGGCAACAGGGAGUCAGACGAAAGAGUGGCAGUUCUGGAGUUUGAACUGCGGAAAGCCAAGGAGACCAUUCAGGCUCUUCGUGCCAACUUGACUCAGGCUGCAGAAUGUGAGAUUCCUUCUCAAGAGAGAAAAAACUACAAAUCCAGUCCUGAAAUUCAGGAACCUAUUCGCCCUCUUGAAAAGAGAGCCUUAAAUUUUUUAGUUAAUGAGUAUUUAUUGAAAAAUGAAUAUAAGUUAACGUCCAUCACAUUCUCUGAUGAAAAUGAUGAUCAGGAUUUUGAGUUGUGGGAUGAUGUGGGUCUAAACAUUCCCAAACCUCCAGACCUAUUGCAGCUCUACAGGAACUGCGGGAACAGCCUGCAGUUGCAUCGGGAUACCGUGGAUGUGGCGGUCAAUGUGGAUCCAAAUGACUUGCCAGGAGACUAUUUUACCCAGGAACCUGUGCAGCAAACUGAGGCUAUACAGCAGCAGCAGCAAGAAGAAGUGGUUCAGGAGCUGGAAUAUCAGAUCAGCCUGCUGAACAGUGAGAAACAGAGUCUGGCUGAACAGAUUAAAAAGCUCCAAAGUGAUAUCCAGGUGCUUCAGAGGAAUGUUUCAUCAGAACCCACAUCUGCAGUGAAGUCGACUCAGUCUAAAGAAGACACUCCAUGUGGUAAACCCCCCCUAGACAAUGGACAGUAUUUGGAUAUACGAGGGGUCACAGAAACUGACAGCUCCUCGGAUGCCAACACUACAAAGACCUCAGCCACUACUGCUACUACUGACUGCACUGAAAGCACCACUACUGCUACACAACCUCACAGCAAACUAAAGUCUCAGAGUCAGCAGGGUAAAACCUCUGUGCAAUUUGACCAGCCCAACAGAAAGCUGUCUCCGGCCUUCCACCAAGCACUUUUGUCCUUCUGUCGAAUGUCUGCUGACAGUAGGCUGGGCUCAGAGGUGUCUCGAAUAGCUGACAGCGAGCAGAGCGUCAUGCUCAUGCUGGGCCGCUGUCUGCCACACAUCGUACCCAAUGUCCUGCUGGCCAAGCGAGAGAGAAUGGUUGUGCACCUCUGUCAGGAGUUGAUUCCUCUCAUUCUGUGUACGGCCUGCCUGCAUCCCGAGCCCAAAGAAAGAGACCAGCUACUGCACAUCCUCUUUAAUCUUAUCAAGAGACCUGACGAUGAGCAGAGGCAGAUGAUUCUGACCGGGUGUGUGGCAUUCGCCCUACAUGUGGGUCCCACUCGGGUGGAAGCUGAACUCUUGCCACAGUGCUGGGAACAGGAGUUGAUUCCUCUCAUUCUGUGUACGGCCUGCCUGCAUCCCGAGCCCAAAGAAAGAGACCAGCUACUGCACAUCCUCUUUAAUCUUAUCAAGAGACCUGACGAUGAGCAGAGGCAGAUGAUUCUGACCGGGUGUGUGGCAUUCGCCCUACAUGUGGGUCCCACUCGGGUGGAAGCUGAACUCUUGCCACAGUGCUGGGAACAGCUUUGUAUGCUCCAGUCUAUAAUGAAGUGUCUGAUGUUUACUCACUCCCUCAAGGAGAUCCGAAGCUCUCUGGUUCUGUCCAUGCUCCAGCAAAUGUUGGCGGAAGAUAAAGCCGAUAUGGUCCGAGAGGCUGUGGUGAAAAGUUUGGGCAUCAUAAUGGGCUUCAUUGACGACCCAGACAAAUACUCACAGGGCUUUGAGCUGAUGCUGUUGUCUCUGGGCGACCCAUCAGAGAGAGUGGUCAGUGCCACCCACCAAGUUUUCAUUCCUGCCUUCGCUGCCUGGUGCACAGAACUGGGCAACUUACAGUCCCAGCUCAUCCCCUCCCUCCUCACACGCAUCGAGAAGCUGCUCAAGCAGGGUGAAUAUGGUCUAGAUGAACACAAGCUACAUAUGUAUCUGUCGGCGCUUCAGUCCCUCAUCCCGUCUCUAUUUGCGGUGCUGCUUCAGAACGCCCCCUUCACCAGUCGAGCCAAACUACAGGGAGACGUGCCUCCAAUCGAGGUGACCCGGUUCCCGCGGCCAGCCUCCCCGUUGCAGGAUGUGGCCACCAUCGUGGGCAGCCGAGAGCAGUUGGCAGUUCUGCUGCAGUUAUUUGAUCAUCAGCUCCAGCAUGAAGGAACUACAGGAUGGGACAGUUUGCUCUGGGUGGUCAACCAGUUUUUACCACAGCUUAUAGAGAUUGUAGGACGCAUCAACGUCACCUCAUCCACCUGUGUGCACGAGUUCUCCAGGUUCUUCUGGAGAUUAUGUCGAACGUUUGGGAAAAUCUUUACCAACACUAAGGUAAAACCUCAAUUCCAAGAAAUCCUGCGGCUAUCUGAGGAGAAUGUGGACGCCUCCGCAGGAAACGGCAUCCUUACAAAGGCUACGGUGCCGAUCUAUGCAACCGGAGUCCUGACAUGCUACAAUCAGGAGGAGGACCGUAAACUCUUGGUUGGCUUUCUUGAGGAUGUCAUGACCACGCUGUCUCUCUCCCAUGCUCCUCUUGACAGUCUAAAGGCUUCAUUUGUAGAGCUGGGGGCAAACCCAGCGUAUCAUGAGCUUCUACUGACGGUGCUUUGGUAUGGAGUGGUCCAUACAUCUGCACUGGUACGCUGCACCGCUGCACGCAUGUUCGAGCUGUUGGUGAAGGGGGUGAAUGAAACUCUAGUAGCUCAGAGAGUUGUUCCAGCACUUAUCACUCUCUCCAGUGAUCCUGAAAUCUCAGUGAGGAUAUCAACAAUACCUGCCUUCGGAACUAUUAUGGAAACCGUAACUCAAAAAGAGCUGCUAGAGAGAGUGAAAAUGCAGCUGGCCUCUUUUCUGGAAGACCCCCAGUAUCAGGACCAGCAUUCUUUGCACAUGGAAAUCAUCAAAACAUUUGGAAGAGUAGGACCCAACACAGAGCCACGCUUCAGAGAUGAAUUUGUUCUUCCUCAUUUGCACAAACUGGCUCUGUGCAACAACCAGCAGACAGUGGAGAGUAAAAGAAUUGACAUUGCCACUCAACUGUUUGAGGCAUACAGCGCCUUAUCCUGCUGUUUUAUUUCUGAAGAACUCAUGGUGAAUCAUUUCCUCCCUGGACUGAGAUGUUUGAGGACAGAUAUGGAGCAGCUCUCUCCGGAGCAUGAGGUUAUUCUCAGUUCCAUGAUAAAGGAGUGUGAAAUAAAGGUGGAGAACAAAGGCAUUGGAGAGGCACAAGGGUCCAUCUCUAUUGCAGCGAGUCUGGUGGGUGAGGACGCAAAGACCAAGUUUCUAAGUAAGAUGGGCCAGCUGACCACCUCAGGUGCCAUGCUGGCGAAUGUUUUCCAGAGAAAGAAAUGAGAGCUGUUUUGGGUGUUUCCCAUGAACCCUCCACUUUCUGGGAUCUCCUACUUGAAGUCAAUCGUCUGCCUUUCUUUUGUUUGUCUUUGAUUUGAUAGGCUAUAUUUUUAACAUAUUUAUGUCUUACAUUUUUUUCCAGCUUCCAAAGAAAUUUGCACUCAUGUGUCAAUGUUUUCCUUUUUUUUUAUUAUGAUUUUAUUUCAGAGGCUUAUUUGCAUCACUUCACCUGUUUUUGUUUGUUUUUUGGACAAUGUGAACUUCAUGAAAUCAAAACAAUGAUUCCUUCCUCUUCUUGUUGUCUUUUAUGUGUUGCUGUGUCUCUGGAGAAUAUUUUCUACAUAAGUGUGUAAAAUUGUCCGGGGUUUUGUUUCUCUUAUUUUGGAUAUGCUCCAACAGUAAAUAACUGUAAAAUACAGUGAAUCGAGAGAACAGUACCCAUUAUCAUGUAUAUUUUAAAAUUUGUGUCGUAAGAUAAUAAAAUGUGAAGACCACUUAUGUA